AUGCGUACGCUUGUUCUAGAAUACUCCCCGAUAUUCACGAAGUCGAGGCGCGGGAACCUGGUAUUGAAACUCGGCCCGUACCAGUUCAACCGCGUGAACAGCGGCGGCCCCCGAUACCGGUGGCGGUGCAACAGGAACCCCUACGGUUGCCGUGCCACUGUCCACACCAUACACGACACUAUCGUCAAAUUCCGCAGGGAGCACAAGCAC